GAAAAGUUUUAUAUUAUUGGCUGCAGACAAUCCAAUUGAAUAUUGGAACAAUACCCGUUGAAACAAAAUCCAACCAUUUAUGUCUUCUUCUUCCACACCCUCUUCCCACCGUCGCCGUCGGUGAAACCUUAUUUCAGCGAUGAUGGGUACGAUAAAGAUUCUCACUAUCCUCCAACUGUGUCUCUUUCUCUUAGUCCCUCCCACGCUUUCGCUGGACUUCAUAUUCAACUCAUUCACCGCCAUCACUAACCUCACUCUCAUCAAAGACGCACGCAUCGACGCCUCUGUCAUACGCAUCACCAACGACUCCAACCAAUACUCUUAUGGCCGAGCCUUCUACCCGACAAAGAUUCCCAUGAAACCCUUCCCCAAUUCCUCAACCAUUUCCUCAUUCUCCACCUCCUUCGUCUUCUCCAUCUUGCCACAGAUCCCCACCAGCCCAGGCUUCGGUCUCGCCUUUCUCCUCUGCAACACCACUUCCCCUCCCGGUGCUCUCGCCAGCCAGUACUUUGGCCUGUUCACCAACGAAACCUCUCCCUCCCCUUUCCCUCUCAUCGCCGUCGAAUUCGACACCGGACAGAAUCCCGAGUUCAACGACAUCGACGACAAUCACAUCGGCAUCGAUCUCAACAACAUCGUUUCCGUGUUCUCAACCCCUGCAGGAUACUACAAUUCCAGCGCCGCCUUUGUCCCCCUUCGCAUGCGCACUGGUCAAAACAUCCACGCUUGGAUCGAUUUCAACAGCGAGAGUUUCCAGAUUAACGUCACCGUCGCGCCGAUCGGCGUUCCGCGCCCCACGAAGCCCACGCUUUCAUAUAGAGAUCCCACCAUAGCUAACUACGUUUCUGCUGAUAUGUACGUUGGGUUCUCCGCUUCUAAAACGAACUGGAUCGAGGCACAGAGAGUUCUGGCAUGGAGCUUCAGCGAUUCAGGGCCAGCAAGGGACCUUAACACCACGAAUUUGCCAGUUUUCGAACCAGAAUCAUCUUCUUCCUCGCUUUCUGCUGGGGCAAUAGCAGGGAUUGUGGUGGGUUGUUUUGCGUUUGUGGUGAUUUGUACAUGUGGGGUUUACUUAUGGUGGAGAAACAAAAAAGCUAAAGAGGAAGAAGACGACGAGAUCGAAGAUUGGGAGCUAGAGUACUGGCCACACAGGUUUUCAUACGAGGAACUGAGCGUGGCAACAGGGGAGUUUGGGAAGGAGCAGUUGUUAGGUUCUGGAGGGUUCGGAAGAGUUUACAGAGGAACACUAUCGAAGAACGCGCAAGUUGCGGUGAAGUGCGUGAACCACGAUUCGAAACAAGGGUUGCGAGAGUUCAUGGCGGAGAUAUCGAGCAUGGGGAGGUUGCAGCACAAGAACUUGGUUCAAAUGCGAGGGUGGUGUAGAAAAGGUAACGAGCUUAUGUUGGUUUAUGAUUACAUGCCUAAUGGAAGCCUCAACAAAUGGGUGUUCGAUAAACCGGAGAAGCUUCUGGGGUGGGAGCAACGGCGUCGUAUCCUUGUCGACGUGGCAGAGGGGCUUAACUACCUUCAUCACGGUUGGGACCAGGUUGUUAUUCAUAGGGAUGUGAAAUCUAGUAACAUAUUGUUGGACGCCGACAUGCGAGGAAGACUAGGGGACUUUGGUUUGGCCAAGCUUUACCAACACGGGGAGGUUCCCAACACCACGCGCGUAGUUGGCACGUUGGGGUAUUUGGCGCCGGAGUUGGCUACGGUUGCCGCGCCUACGUCGGCGAGUGACGUGUACAGUUUUGGGGUGGUGUUGUUGGAGGUGGCGUGCGGGAGGAGGCCCAUAGAGACGUCGGUGCCGGAGGAGGAGGUGGUGCUUAUUGAUUGGGUGAGGGAGUUGUACGCGAAGGGGUGUGCGUGUGAGGCUGCGGAUGCUAGGAUUAUGGGUGAGUAUGAUGUGGGGGACAUGGAGAUGGUGUUGAAGCUUGGGUUGGCUUGUUGCCACCCUGACCCUCAGAGGAGACCCACCAUGAAGGAAGUUGUUGCUCUUCUCCUCGGAGAGGACCUCCCGGAGGCACCCCGGAAGGUGCUUUCUGAUUUGGUUCGCGACGGAGAUGACACCCCCGGCGGCGGGGACUUGGAUGAGGCGGCGCCUUUGCAACCCUCCACUCUGGUUUGAGUUUCACUGUGCAUAAGUGGACUGUUUUUUUUUUUUUUCUUUUUUUUUUGUGUGAUUGGAAUUUGCUAGAUAGUGGUUUGUUUGUGAAGAGAUUGACCUGUAUUUUUUUCUUUGUUUCGUUUUAUAUUAUUGGAUUAAUUCCACUUCAAUCAAAGUCCCAUGUAACUCUACUCUCUAGGGUGCAUUGUAUUCUAACUGAUGAAAGCAAAAUUAGUUAAUAAUUUUAGUCAACAAGUGACUUUCAUGUUCUUAGACACGCCACUUGCGUAUAAAAGCAUGACUUGCUUGCUUUCCUCUAUGGGUCAUUGCCUUUAUGGCUUUGUCUAGAUGAAUGGAUCUGUGUUCUGCAUGCGUGGAAGUAGCUUGAAGUAGAUAUGAAAAUGACGAUACGCAUGUGCGCAUUGCACUGGUGUCGUGAUCUGCACGCAUGCUGGGAAAUUUCCGAUCCCUAAAAGGAGAUUAUUUGUAGAUGGUAAACUUGAAAACCACAUCCAAAGCUAAAAAGUGGAAGGUAUUUUGAUUGCAGUCUUUAUGUACAUUCACAUGUGAACAUUUGUAAGAGACAACAUCAAAACUACAGGUGAUGUUUUCUAAUGAAAAUACACGUGUAGCAAACUAUUACACGUUUUAUCUUCUCAUUGAUGAACCGUUAUACUUACUGUAUUUUUAUAGAAGUAGAACUGUUCCAAGUCUUCUCCUUUUGAUUAUUACAUUCUAAUAUCAAAUGAUAUAUAUAUCCAUGGACACUCGGAAAGCUUGCUGAAAUCCUUGACUUGAUAGACCACACAAAGCAUAACCAUGCUUAGACUACUAUAGCGUGAAGUUGAGAGUAUGGAAAGUGAAGGAGGGUUCUGUUCUCUUUGCACCAAACUUGAAACACUCGGAUUCUUGAUGGCAUGCGGACGCCACAGAUUCCUUCAUGCUUUCAGGUCCACAAACCAAAACUCCAAUAUUAGAUCCACAGCUUUCAAUCCGGACCUUUCCAAAUAUAUCUGUUCAAUUCGAAGGUGUCAACAGGUUAGUCAAUAUGUAUUAGAAACAUUAGGAAAUAAACGAUGAGAUCACUACCUUUAAAGUUAGGCCUUCCCCCAAAAUGGACUUCAUGUUCUUCAAGAGCAUUCCUAGCUUCAGCUGAAUUUAGAUCAAGGGGUUUAAUAUCUUUAUACGAUAUUGGUGAAAUACCUUUCUUCAGCCUUCUCCAUCUCAACAUAGCUGCCAUCAAGGUGCUGCAUCCUAAAGCUAGAACAAAAGCAGCUAUCAGAAGAAGAUUCAUAACCCAAGAGGGGGUCUUUUCUUUGGACAGUUUGGAGCGCUUUCCAGACGGAAUUACAAUAUGGUUGAAACAAAUAAGAAAAAUAAGGAAAAUGAUGGAACAAAACCCUGCAAUGGCGGCCAUCCAAGUUGAACUUUCGGGCCCGUAUGCUGCAUAGUUUGAACACACACUUUUCACUUGUAGGGUUCUUACUGCAAAGAACUCGUUUAGUAGCUCCCUAAUUCCCACCCCUGCCUGUGUUUCUUGGGUUACAAAUAACUUUAGAUUCAAAUUAAAAUUUUCUGAUUGCUUGAGUAAUAGAUGUGAGAUUGAAUGUAACAGACAAAAGUCUUGUGUCUUCUUAACGACAUAUACAAGUUGUAUUCUCGACGGAAAUCUACUUUUGCUGGUAGCUGAAUCGACUUCUACCAA